AUGGUGGCUGCCUGGCCCCGCGAGCUCUGGAACAAUUGGUCCAUCCAGAUCCUGGUGCUCCUCAGCCUCGGGCUCCAGGUCGCCCUCUUCCUCUUUGCCGGGAUCCGCCGGCGUGGAGCCCACUCCGUGCUGCGGUUCUUCCUCUGGCUGGCCUAUCAGCUGGCCGACUACACCGCGACGUACGCCCUCGGCCACCUCUCCCUCAAGGGCGCGCCGCGCGACCAGCCGAUCGUGGCGUUCUGGGCGCCAUUCCUCCUGCUGCACCUCGGCGGCCCCGACAACAUCACCGCCUACUCUCUGGAGGACAACAAGCUGUGGAAGCGCCACCUGCUGAGUGCCAUCCUCCAAAUGUCCGGAGCCGUGUAUGUCCUCUACGAGCAUGUCGUGGACAGAGGGGCGUUGCUCCGGCUUGCCUCCGCCUUGAUGUUCGCCAUCGGCGCCGUCAAGUACGGGGAGAGGACGUGGGCGCUCAUGGGCGGCAACCUCGACAACAUCCGAGGCUCCAUCAAGAAGCAACCAGCUGCCAUGCAUGGACAUUUCCACCCUCACGAUAAAGUGUUCAAGGAUGGAGACUUCGAUGAGGAGUCCCUUGUGCGACGAGCUCACUCGCUGUUCCACAUUUGCAAGCGCGCCAUGGUCGACUAUCCAGUGAUGGAAGAUGAUUCACACGGCCAAGACACCACCAAAUUGAUAGGCGAGGUCAGGCUAUGGCGGUUGAUGGAGACCGAGCUCUCCCUCAUGUAUGACAUGUUGUACACCAAGGCACCGGUCAUCUCCACCUGCGUCGGCUACUUGGUACGUCUCAUCUCGCCGAUCGCCAUUGUCGCGUCACUGCUGCUUUUCAAGUUCAUUGACAAGAACGCCCACCGCAGAGUUGACGUCAAUAUCACCUACGUAUUGUAUGGUGGUGCCUUGUUCAUGGAGAUGACAUCGCUGCUGAACGCCCUAGGCUCCUCUUGGGCAUUUGCCUUCCUGAGUACCACGAGCUGGCACUGGCUUCGAUACGCAGCUCUGUGCAAUGAAAGAUGGGACCGCCUCAGGCGUGUGGUUGCAUGUCUUCACCAUCUUGUCAGGGUAGGAGGAGGCAGCCGGUACAGAUCAAGGAGGUGGUCAAUAUACCAUGGGACAGUACAACAUGAGCUUUGGAACAGGAAGCAUUUCUCAUGGGUUAUUGACAUGCCUGACCAUGUCAAGGAUAGUAUCUCUGAACAUAUGAAGAAGAUGUACAAUGCUGGGGGUGUGAACUCACUGGGCAUGCUCAAGAACAGGUGGGGCGAGGAACCACUGGCUCGUGAGGAGUUACUAGAAGAAGGCAGCAUAUUCAAAGAUUCCCUCGGUGUCGAGUUCCAGGAGUGCAUCAUCAUCUGGCACAUCGGCACCGAUGUUUUCCUCGCCAAGAGCGAGCAAGCCAAAGAAGACGAUGUGAAGGCGAUCAAGAUAAUAUCCAACUACAUGAUGUACCUUCUCGUGGAACAACCAGACAUGCUACCAGGCCUCUCCCAAAACAGGUUGUACCAACUAACUUGUGAAAGUUUAGUCAAGACUUGGCGAUCGACCCAUAGGCGUCGGAACAUGAACUCGGGUGCCACGCUCAAGAAUCUGUUCCGCCUGCACGAUGACGCCGAUUCUAAUUCCAGGGCCACCGACAGAGAUGAGCUUGCUGAGAAACUGUAUGAUGAGUAUGAGAGCAAAAGCUUCAUGUACGAUUCUCCUCGUCUCUCCUACGUAGCUCAACUUGCUAAGGAGCUGUUGGCAAUGGAGAAAGGUGGCACGGUUGACCCGGUGAAACUCGUCCGUGAGGUGUGGACGGAUAUUCUUGUCUACGCAGGCAACAAAUGCAGCCGGAAGUUCCACGCCGAGAAGCUCAACAGUGGCGGUGAGUUGACAACAAUCCUGUGGCUUAUGGCAGAACACUUCUACCAAAUUUAUCUGGGGAGCCUGGUCAAAAGAAAGAAAAAGGGAAAUGAUUUAGCAGGAGAAGGCAUCAGCCACCCGGGGAGAUGA